ACAUCCUCCGCCGCUCCAUACCCUACACCCAACGAUCUCUUCGCGCGACUCACACUUUGCUGUUCAGCUUCUCACAAAGGCGUUGAUACCAGCGCCCACGCCGCGACAGCAGCACAAAGUCGCCACCGUUCUUUGUUAUCGCAAAGCCCUCUUUCCGCCUUCACCUCGACGAACUCCCUCUCACAUUCUUCCUCUUCCAAACACCCACGAUGUCUAUCGAAAUUGGAGUCGGCACGCCGCUCGCCGAGGCGCUCAAGACCGCCAUUCAGCCGCAGCUCGCAGAGGCUGGCUGGGCCACCGGCGGACUGGACGACCUCGCUUUGGCCGAAUACAUCGUUCUCAUGCUGGUCAACGGGAAGACGCAGCAAGAGGUGGCUUCGGAGAUGGCGAUGGAUUUCCUCAGUCUCCCCCCCGACGAUGAAGGCCCGAUGAACUUCUCAAGGUGGCUUUUCGAGCAGGUCGACAUCCUCAACCGACAACUGAACGGUCCGCAACCGACCAACGGCGGCAACGCGGAUGGCGCAGACUCCUCUCGGCCAGGCCAAAACCCCGGCACUGACGCUGAUAUGGGCGAUGCGGCUGACGUUGACGGCGGCGCAAUACCUACUGGACCGAAGGCCAUGCGCAGCGGCAGUGGGAAUGGCGUGCAAAAACCCCGGGACAAGCGCAUGCUUGGACAGCUCAACAAGGCCAUGGACAGAUCGAGCGACGCGGCUCUACAUCGCGUGCGAAACGGAUCCGGGACAGGCCGCGUGAACUCACACUCCAGAGAACCACCGAGGGGCCCUCGAAGCCAGCAGCUAGGCCGUGGUGUUGCUGCAAUGGCAAACGGGAGAGGCAUGGGCCAAAUGGGCCCAAUGGGUGGCAUGGGAAUGCCCGGAAUGCCGAUGUCAAUGGGACCGAAUGGGCCUAUGGCUCCUGUCAUGACGCCUCAACAGCAAUUGCAAUUGCUGCAGAUGUACGAACAACAGGCACAGAUGAUGCAAACCAUAUUCCAAAACCAGUCGACGCCGAAUGCCUACGUCAACCCCAACUUUCACGGCAAAAAACCACAGUCGGGAAAGUCUCUCUUCGACCGAGUCGAUAACAAGUCCGGACGGUUCAACGAAAAGCGGCCAUCAAAUUACAACAAGUUCUCGAUAAACGAAUCGCAGGACGAGACCAUGACGGAUGGCGCCGAUUCCGGAGCGAACGGAGAACCAAAAGACCCAUCCCAGACGAGGUGCAGGUUCGACGUGUCGUGCAGCAAGGCCGACUGCCUGUUCGUUCAUCAAUCUCCAGCGGCUCCACCAGGAACAUCGAUCGACAUGAACGACACGUGCUCCUAUGGCGCUGCCUGCAUGAACAAGAAGUGUGUAGGGAAGCACCCUUCUCCUGCUCAGCGCGAAUCGCACAAGAAGGAGAUAGACUGCGCCUACUACCCACAUUGCCGAGACCAGGCCAAUUGCCCAUUCCGCCAUCCUGACACGAGUAUGCCGCCCUGCCGGAAUGGUGCCGACUGCACUACUCCCGACUGCAAGUUUGCACACAGCAAGGUUGCAUGCAAAUUCACUCCCUGCACGAAUACUCGUUGCACCUUCAAGCACGUGGAGGGUCAGAAGAAGAGCCGCGCAGAUAUGCAGUGGACGGCAGACCGCAACGGAGACGAUGGCACAAAGAAAGAGCACGUUAGUGAGAGGAAGUUUGUGGACGACGAGACUGCGGAGGAGGAGCUGAUUCUGCCCGGGAAGUCGAGUCAAGAAGAAAUGGAGACACAGAUCAUCACCUGAACGGAGGAUGCUUCUGACUAGAGAAGUGGGUGUAUUCAGGCUUGGGUCGUCUAUUGACGGUCAUGUAUCAUAUCAUUAGGAAAACUGGCGUUCGGAGGCACAGUGAAGGUUGGGCAUAUUUCGGAGGCCAGGGACACGGCAUAGGUUCGUUACUACUAUGCAGUACGAGGUUGGAUUUGUAGAAUGAAUUUCCUGUUACCUUAGGAGGAUGACUCCUGCCUGCUUUGCUUCUC